AUUGAAAUGGAGGGAGUAGAACGGAGUACAGUCGUUACUUGUUGGUCUACUCUACUCGGUACGCGUUAUUAUCCAGAAAUUCUGCUGGUUUACUCAUACCCGGUCGCCGGUUCAACCCUGCGUCUGACUUCUCAAAGUACUCGCUGCAAUAGUCUGUAGCUGCUCAAACCAUUUUCCCAUCAAGAUCCAGCCAUGGUAACCGGUCAAAACAGGGCAGCUUCGUUCUUCAACUUCCUAAAGGAGGGCUUCCUCCUGCCGAUCCGAAAUCCGAGGCUCUUCACAUCGGUUUGCGUGCUCAUCGCCGCCUCCACCACGCUGAUUACCCUCGGCAACGACCUCGCCAUCCAUUCCAUCCCCUCGUCGAGGAGAUCAAGCUCGACAUCAAGGCGCUCGAUCAAUACCACCGAGUACAGCAGCCCGGACUACGCCAAGCUCCUGCAGGAGAUCCAGAAUAACACCAAGGAGCUCCUGCUGGUCGGCGAUGGGUACGUCCUGUUCGCCGUCGUGGUCCGCGCGGCCGUCCGGAUCGUCGUCCUCUUCGCCGCCGUCUCGACGUACUCCAGCGAUGACGAACAGCGAGCUACUACCUUUGGCGCUCUCCUCGGCCAAGCUAAAGCGCAGAUCAAAGGGCCCCUGCUCACGCUCGCCAUCGUCUCCGUCCUGGAGAAAGUCUACGCCGUGAUCCUCAUGGCCAUGAUAGCUCUUGUCCACAUUCUUGUGGUGAAGCGAUACUUCGUGACUUUGCUUGUGGCCUCGCUGCUCAUCAUCGCUGCCUCCGUCUACCUCGUGUACUUCUCUUUCCUCUGUUCUUUCAGCGUCGUCGUGGCGGUGGCCGAGUCCGGCUGCAAAGGCUUGGCCGCGUUAGCCAAGGCGUGGAGGCUGGCGAAUGGGAAGAAGUGGCAGGUCGUGCUGUACCUCGCCGUGACCGGAGCACUGUCCGUCGCCGUAUCGCUGGUGCACAUGCUCGCCAGGACGUUCGCGGGUUAUAGCGUGGCGCUUGGGUUGCUACUGGGAUUUGUGUAUGUGGCUCUGCUGGGGCUCGUGCAUCUGUUCUCCGUCUGUGCCAUCACCGCGUUUUACUACGAGCGCAGGGAGAACAUACACAGCCAGCUGGGGGCUACUGGAUACGCCAAGCUAUCAACGGAAGAAGCAAAUGGUUGAUUAGCUCGACUUGUUCUCGCACCGAUUGCUUUACCAUGUAAAUUUGGACUUGUAAUACUAUAUGGAAUCCUAAUACGUACUGUACUAUAA